GGACUUCAGUUGUGCAAACGACCGGCAAACCACCCCCGCGACGCAUUCUGAAUGAAAUCUAACAGGAAUAAUUUGUUAGGCGGUGUCAUGUGCCUCACUGUCUCCCCAUGCGUACCCUUGUGAUUAAAACAGGGUGGCUUGUACAGAAGCCAAGCUGCACAAAAUGUUUGAAGCUAAAUGAUCUUGCAUCCCCCGGCUAAUUUCCCUGCCUGGUCGCGCGCAGCACGCUUGCGCACAGCUCCCAGCCCUAUUCCUGGCGCGCGGCUUGUAAGAUGAGUAAAGAAGCAGGUGGGGAGAGAUGCAUACAGAGAGGCUCUGUCACUGGAAAUAGCUCAGAGUGACAGCGGCGAGCCAGGGAGUCGCCCCAGCGCCUACGUAUGUCAGGUAUAGCUGCCCGCAAGGUGUGUAAAGCAAGAUGAUGGCCAUGAACGGCAAGCAGAAUUUCUCAAUGCACCCAGCUCUACAGGAGCCCAAGUACUCCGGUCUCCACUCAAGUUCGGAAGCUAUGCGUAGAGUUUGCUUACCAGCCCCGCAGCUCCAGGGCAAUAUAUUCGGCGGCUUUGAUGAGAGUCUGCUGGCCCGCGCCGAAGCUCUGGCGGCUGUUGACAUUGUCUCCCACGGCAAGAGUCAUCAUUUUAAGCCAGACGUGACCUACCAUACCAUGAGCAGUGUCCCCUGCACGUCUACCUCCUCCACAGUACCCAUCUCUCACCCAUCCACUCUGACCUCCCAUCACCACGUGCAUCAAACUCUGGAAGGAGACCUACUGGACCACAUUUCCUCAAGUUUAACCGUGAAUGGCAUGGGGGCACCAGAUCCGUCGUUGAUGUCCGCUCAAGUGCAUCAGCAUCACCUACAGACCAUGGGUCACCUUCACCAAGCAAUGAGUAUGAGUCACCCCCACUCUUUGUCCACGCAUAGCGGCAUGUCGUGCAUCAACGAUGUGGAAUCAGAUCCGCGAGAGCUGGAAGCCUUCGCUGAAAGGUUUAAACAAAGGAGGAUCAAGCUUGGGGUCACUCAAGCUGACGUUGGGUCCGCCCUCGCCAACCUCAAGAUACCCGGGGUCGGUUCCCUCAGUCAGAGCACCAUCUGCAGGUUCGAGUCUCUCACUUUGUCUCAUAAUAACAUGAUUGCUCUCAAGCCCGUCCUUCAAGCUUGGCUGGAAGAAGCAGAAGCGGCAUAUCGAGAGAAAAACAACAAGCCUGAACUUUUCAAUGGAAACGAGCGGAAGCGAAAACGCACCUCGAUAGCGGCACCUGAGAAACGAUCUCUGGAGGCGUAUUUUGCCAUCCAGCCCCGUCCAUCCUCGGAAAAAAUCGCUGCCAUCGCAGAAAAGUUGGACCUUAAAAAGAACGUCGUUAGAGUUUGGUUUUGUAAUCAAAGACAAAAACAGAAAAGGAUGAAAUACUCAGCGGUACAUUAGAUAAUUCAUUGGUGUUACUUGUGUCUUACAUGCCGAUAGCAGGGAUCUUCCAUGACUUCUAAGGAUUCUAGUUAAUCGAUUAAUGGAUUCGCGUUCAUGCGCAUUUGAAGUUUUCGUUCCCUUUUGUUGAUUUUGUUUCGCGAUGAGAUAUAAACUAGCCUACGUGACGUUCACAAAGGUAAACUGUUUGUCACUUUGAUGCUGUUUGAUGCUUAUUAUGGUAUUUGAUUGUCUUUUAUCCCUUACGAUGAAAUACAUAUAUACAUUUUUACGGUUUAAUUCGAUCGGUAUGUACAACUCACUAUAAAUUCUGUUUGUGAAAAAAAUCUUUAAAGAAUGAUAAACUUACAUGCAUUUCUUUAUAAUUACUUCAUAGUUUUUUUUUUUCGUUUAAGCAUAAUACGCUUCAUUUUAAAAUGUAUGUAUUUAAUGUAUGUAUGUCUCUUCGCAGGGAGCUGUAGUUCAGUGAAUCACAUUUGAACGACAAAUACCCUGAACUCAUCCAUUAUGAAACUAAACAAGGACACGUUUUACUCACCAAUAAAAGCUUUCACUUUAACUUAUUGGGUUUGCACCGACUGCACCAAAUGAAAAUAACAUAUAGUUUUAAUAAAAGUGCAUAUUUCACGUUAUUCUAUAAGAAUGAAGGUCUAUCAUCUUACUCUAGAAGAGUGUAUAUGUAUAUGCAGUAUACAGGCCUAUAACAUCGAACAUUUUGUUAUGUAUAUUGAGAUUUCACAUUUCAAAUUAUAUUUGACCAAACAUGUAUUAGUUUUGAUGUCAAUCAAUAAAAUAACAAUUUU